AUGGCUGGGGGGGCUGUACCUCCCAGUUCUGCCCCAGAUGGAAGCACUCUGUCUGUGUUACUGUCCCGCUGGAUCUGGGCCUCAGGCAACUUCCAGCCCACCACAGAGCCGGAGGCGGGUUACCAGAGGGUCCUCCAGGUGGAUCUGGAGGUGAACGGGCUACUGGACCCGCUGGGCAGCCGGGUGGUGAUGUGGCAGGUGGAGUACCCUCCUACCCGCUCCCUCACUGAUGAGGUCCAGACCCUCAUCCGCCUGGCACCACAGGACUUGGGUGGCAUUGUGCCACUGGCAAUGGAAACUGAGAUUCUGAAUACAGCUGUGCUCACCGGGAGGACAGUUGCCGUGCCAGUAAAGGUGGUCACCGUAGGAACAGACGGCACAGUUACGGAUGUAACAGAGUCGGUAGAGUGUCGGUCGACCGAUGAAGAGGUGGUCAAGGUGUCGGAUCGUUGUGACUAUGUGUUUGUGAAUGGGAAGGAGACGAGGGGGAGGAUGAGGACGGUGCUCAACUUCACCUACAGCUACCUGAGCGCCCAGCUGGAGAUGAGUGUGUGGAUGCCCCGCCUCCCCCUGGUCAUCGACGUUGCUGACCCCGAGCUCAGCCAGAUCAAGGGCUGGAGGGUCCCGGUGGCGACCGGCAAGAGGUAUGAGAGGGUGAGUGCGGAUGAUGGUGAUGAAAGUGACAGUGAGAGGACAGAGAGUGGCUGUGUCCCCCAGUACCAGAGCACCACGGUGCGUGUCCUCACACACUUUGUGGCCCUGGGAGUUGACGGAAAUGGCCAACAGGACUUCUUGCUGGGCAGUGAUUGGCAGGUGGACGUGACUGACCUGGUCCAGGAUUUACUGAGGGUGGAGGACCAACGUGUGGCCUAUCUACUGGAGGGACAGGUCCUGAUUGGCCUCAACACUGGCACAGCCAAACUACAGGUGAUGUCACCUCUGUCUGACUUGAUCCUGGCUGAGCGGAUGGUCAGGGUUCUGGAUGAGAAAGUGAGCGUGACAGAGCUGGGAGUGCAGCUGGUCUCUGGCCUCUCUCUGUCCCUCCAGCUCAGCCCAGGGAGUAACAGGGCCAUAGUCGCCACUGCUACCACACAGGAAGUCAUGCAGAAACUCAAACAGGAGUCCCUCAUCAGUGCCUGGCUCCAAUUCAGCGACGGCUCCAUGACCCCUCUGGACCACUACGACCCCACCCAAUUUGUGCUCACAGCCACCUCAUUGGACGAGCAGGUGGUGUCGGUACGGCGCAGCGCGGAGUGGAAGUGGCCGGUCAUCGUGGCAAACGGCGAAGGUCAGGGGUUACUGGUGCGUGUGGAGAUGACAUCAUCAGAGAUCUGCCAGAAAACAAAGCGACGCACCAUUCUGGCAGCCGGGGUGGGAAAUGUCUGCGUUAGGUUUGGCCGCUCUGAGGAGCCAUACAGCCACCCUGGAGGCAAAACACGACCAGACCCGCCCUACUACGGAGGCUCCAUCUCUGACAUUGAGGCUGGGAUCAUGAACCGGGGGGCCACGACAGUCAAGACCCCUAUCCCAGUGAGGCCCAACGGGGACAGGCUGUCGGCCGACGGAAGAGUCCCUGGCGGAUUCUCUGAGUUCCCUGCCCAGGAAGAGCUGCCGCGGGGCCGCAGCACGGACGAGGAUCUGUUGUCAUCACGCCGCAGCCUCACUGACCUGGAGAUCGGUAUGUACGCACUGCUGGGGGUCUUCUGCCUGGCCAUCCUGGUCUUCCUCAUCAACUGCAUCUCCUACGCCCUCAAGUACCGCCAUAAAGAGCUGCCCCUGGAGGCCCCCGAGGCCAUGCCCCAUGCCCACGACUGGGUGUGGCUUGGCCAGGAGGAGGGCCUGUGUCUGCAGCAGCAGCAGGACGAGCUGGGCAGCACCCUGGAAGAAGGCAGCCAGUUGCUGAACGGCGGUGUUCUGAAGGGUAGUGCCCAGGGAGGCUGCCCGGGAGGCAGGAACGAGUCACUCAACUCACCCACCACCAAGAGGAAGAGGGUCAAAUUUACCACCUUCGCCAACAUCAAGUCCAGUAAUGGAUGCCCAGUUCUAAGCCCGCUGGCACUCGGACAGACCACCGACAUUAAGUGGGUAUGUCCGGACAUCGAGCUGGGGGACUCGCAAGAGCUCCGGAAUUACAUGGAGAGAUUGAACGAGAAUGCUACAAAAAACAUUGUAUAGAGGGCUUGAUUUUUUUUGUGGACAAAUGAGUAACUCUAACUCACCCGAAUGCCUUCAGAGUAAGAAGGGAGUAAGGGGUGCUUUUUACCGGAACUGCUUGGCACUGUACCUCGCCAUGACAACAAGAUGGAACAUUCCAGCAAGUGUUGUUUCCAUGGUAACUGUUGUAAUAGUUGAUGAUCAUAAAUGAGGUGGGGGGUGGGAAUUGCCAUGACACCACAUUGGAUAUGUGGGAAUUUGUGAACUUGAAUGUCACUUUAAUUCGUUUAGAUGUCUGUUCCCUUGUCUUUAAUUAAAGAAAAGCUAACAGUGCAUUCAGAAAGUAUUCAGACCCCUUCACUUCCUUAUUUUUCAAAUGAAUUCAAUUCAAUUUUUCCCACUUCAAUCUACACACAAUAUCCCAUGACGACAAAGCAAAAAUAGGUUUUUAGACAUUUUUGCAAAUGUAUUACAAAUAAAAAACAGAAAUACCUUAUUUACAGAAGCAUUCA